AUGAGCUUCUAUGACGUUGCAUCGAUGUUUGGUAACGAAAUUUCAGGCCUCGUUCCAACAAAUCGAACAAAUCUGUUCGUGCUUCAUGCUCACCUUCGGGUGAAGAUCAAUCUGAACCGGCCUCUACCACCGAAACCGCCUGACCCCCCGGACCCUCCGGAUCCUCAUCUACAUCUGGAACCCACCAGAUCCAUCUCUCGGUAUUUCGCCUCCGUCAAUUUUAAUCCCUUCGCUUCCCUUGUUGUUGUCGCAAGCCUUGCAGCUCCGACGAUUUUUCCCAGAUGUUAUCACCGCCGACACUUAGUAACAGAUUCUGCAACCACCGGAGUGGUCGCAAAUCCGACGAACCUUCCCAUCGGCUUCCCCUUCAUCGACAACAUCACUUGUUAUUUGGGUGAACUGGGCUUGGCCCAUUCUGUUGAU